AUGUCAGCCGCCGUCGAAAAACUGUCGAAACUGAGACAAUUGUUCUCAUCGGAACGUGUCUUGGCACUCACCGCCAAUAAACCACUUUCAGCGUAUCUGCUGCCUAGUACCGAUGCUCAUCAUAGUGAAUACCUGGCCGACUAUGAUUUCCGUGUGAAAUUCCUAUCCGGAUUCAGUGGAUCCAACGCCUACGUCGUUGUCACCAACAAAGACGCUCUCUUAUGGACAGACGGACGGUACUUCACACAGGCGGCCAAUCAAUUAGACUCCGCCCACUGGACACUGAUGAAACAAGGGAUUCCGGAGUCGGUGACUGUGGUCGAUUGGUUGGUUAAAGAGAUGGAAAGAGGAAGUGUCGUCGGUUUCGAUCCGACACUUGCCACGUUUGAUCUUGGAUCGAAAACUGUCAAACGGCUUAAGGCGGCUGGCCUAAUCCCUGUCUCAAUCCCCGGAAAUCUGGUUGACACAUUCUGGACGGACCGUCCGAAACUCGCCGGACACCCAGUCGUAGUGUUGGAUAAGGCGGUCGCCGGUAAGACGACGGCCCAGAAAGUCGACGAGCUCCGUGAGAAAAUGAAGACGAAGAAGGCGGCGGCGGCGGUGUUCACACUUCUAGAUGACGUCAUGUGGCUUCUGAAUAUUCGUGGAUCCGACAUACCGUUCAAUCCGUUGGCCUACUCGUAUCUAUUCAUUGGAAUGCGAGAGAUUCAUUUGUUUAUUGAUGGAGAGAAGUUGAAUAACGAGUCGAGGGAACAUCUCCAUGAGUCUUCUGUGUCUAUCCAUGAAUACGCGGAGGUUUACACGUGGAUCGCCGACUGGUUAAAGACGAAACAAGAGGCUGGAGAGCCCCAUAUGGCUUACCUGACGCCUGAGACGAAUUACGCGAUUGGAAGUAUCUUUGGAGAGGAGAACUCGAUGAUUGAUGUGUCAUUGGCACAGGUGGCAAAAGCCACUAAGAAUCAUCGAGAGAUGGAGGGGAUGAGAGUUAGUCAUUUGCGUGACAGUGCUGCUCUCGUCGAAUUCCUUUGUUGGCUCGAGAAGGAACUCGUCUCCGGAAAGACGUACUCGGAAACCCAAUUGGCCGAAAAAAUCGAUCAUUUGAGAAGUCUUCAGGAGAAAUAUGUCACGUUGAGUUUCGACACAAUAUCGGCUGCGGGUGACCACGCUGCCCUUCCCCACUACAAACCGGAAGGAGAGAACGGAAAGAGAGAAGCGUCGAACACUUCGGUGUAUCUCGUUGACUCGGGAGCCCAUUAUCAGGAUGGAACGACUGAUGUGACACGUACCGUAUGGUUUACGUCUCCACCGAAAGAGUUCAUCACUCAUAAUACUCUCGUUUUGAAAGGACACAUCAAUCUGGCGACGGCGAAAUUCCCAGAUGGAAUCUAUGGGUCUCGUUUGGAUACACUGACAAGAGACGCCUUGUGGAGAGUUGGAUUGGAUUUCGAACACGGAACGGGACAUGGUGUUGGACACUAUUUGAAUGUUCAUGAAGGACCUAUCGGAAUCGGUCACCGCAGUGUUCCAAGUGGCGGUGAACUCCACGCGAGUCAAGUGUUGACCAUAGAACCGGGAUUUUAUCUCAAAGAUAAAUACGGUAUUCGAAUUGAGAAUUGCUACGAGACGGUUCCGGUUCAAGUCGCUUCCGGUGCAACGAAUUUCUUGGGUUUUGAGCCCCUAACUCUCGUCCCAAUCCAAACGUCGAUUAUCGACAAAUCUCUGCUGAGUGGAGCUGAAAUCAACUGGCUCAACAACUAUCAUGCUCGUGUACUUAAAGAAGUCGGAGAAUUCCUCCAACGAGCUGGAAAAGCGGAAGAAUAUCAAUGGCUCUCCAAAGCGUGCGCCAGAAUUUAA